CCGAUGACUGCCAUGUGAGGGACCUCUCCACCGCCGAGGAGACAGGACAUGCCGCCGAGAGGGCGGGGGCCGCCGCACCAGCCUCUGUCGUUCGAGCCGCCGGCGCCGCCGCUGUUGCCGCAGGCCUGGAGCCGCCGCACACCGCCGCCGCCGUCGCCGUCGUCACUGUCGCUGCUGCCGCCAUUGCCGUCU